GAUACAAGAGCGGACGAUGGCGGCGCCGAAGCUGCUGCCGCUGUUCGGAGAGACGCAAGCGUUCAAGAACAUCUCCAAGAUUGACGAUGAGAUCGCCGUGCUUAAAGAAAACCUCGACGUGUUUUUCCUUGUGACAAUUUCCUUCAUCGUCUUCUUUUUACAUGCUGGUUUCUCCUUUUUGGAAGUGGGUGCAGUGCGCUCGAAGAAUGCCACCAACGUCCUUUUCAAAAACCUCUUUGAUAUCUUUUUAGGCGGCAUUGCGUUCUGGCUGUUCGGAUACGCCAUCGCGUUCGGUAAAGGCAGCUUGAUUGGCACAACGUUCUGGGCGUCGUAUGAUGUGAAGGAUCUCCAGAUGGCCCACUGGCUCUUCCAGUUCGUCUUCGCCGCAACCGCUGCCACCAUAGUCUCCGGGGCUGUGGCUGAGAGAUGUGCCUUUGCAGCCUACUUCAUUUACUCCACCCUGAUCACGGGUCUUGUGUACCCCGUGGUGGCCCACUGGGCCUGGAGUGAUGACGGAUGGUUGGGGCGGCACGGCUACCACGACUUCGCGGGCAGCGGCGUCGUGCAUCUCACGGGGGGAGUCGCGGCCCUGGCGGGCGCCGUGUUUCUGGGACCGAGAAUUGGGCGCUUCGACGGAGAGAGAGGGGAGCCUCCAGAACCCAUCACCGGCCACUCGGUUCCUCUCGCGGGGCUUGGUGGCUUCAUUUUACUCUUCGGCUUCUUGGCGUUCAACGGCGGCUCUCAGGGAUCCAUCAGCCGUCCCGGCGACGCCGCGGCCGUGGCGAGGGCGGUAGUGAACACGAUCCUCAGCGGCUGCUCUGCGGGGCUCUCCGUGCUGGUCACCUACAGGCUGAGUGGCAAUAACAACUGGUCCUUCCUGAUGGCCCUCAACGGCUCCCUAGUUGGCAUGGUCUCCAUUUGCUCGGGUUGCAACGUUCUGCGGCCCUGGGGUGCAUGCAUUGCUGGCCUCGUGGGUGGUGUCAUCUACGUCAUGUUGCACUACUUGAUGAUCAGGAUCAGGGUGGACGAUCCUCUGGACGCAGUGGCAGUGCAUAUGGGUGGCGGCAUGUGGGGCCUGAUGGCCACACCACUGCUCAUGGAAAACGGCAUCCUCUACGGGAAUUUAGAGGGAUUCCAGAUACUCGCCUGGAACGGAAUGGAUAUCCUGAAACACGGAGAACCUGCCUAUCCAGCCGACGCAUGGAUCGAGGAGCAGUACUACUCGACGUUCUAUAAGAAGGCGGGUCGGCCUUCGUCACGUCAUAACAGCGCUCUGCCAUUCCAAAUGAACGCCCCGCACUCAAGCGACGCUGUCAACGGAGUCACGUUAGACCACGACAUCAGCCAGAGCUGCUCACCUCAGCACCUUAGACGUAGCUCUUCCUACGGGUCCUUGCGCGACUCAAGGUUGGACAGCGGCCUUCCCAAAUGGAACGCCUUGGAGAUGCAGCGUAUUGAGCCUUGCUACAGGAGUAAGCGGAAUACAAGCCAGCCUUAUGCAAAUCAAGCGUUUGUUCCGUGAUUUUACACUACAUUUAUAUUACUACUACUAGAUAUUUUGUCUGUGAUUGGUGGUUUUAGCUUGAAAAGCGCUGUCAGUGAUGGGCUGACAUACUUACGAACUCGUUACUAUUUUUGAUAUUGCGGGCGUACGACCUAUAAAGCCAGAUUACCGAGUAUUCUGCGUUCGUUGUUUUAUAAGCGUGAUUGUUUCGCAGGACAAAUUUUCCAGCUUUUGGAAAAUUGGUUUCGAAAUCUUUACCAGAAGACAAGCGAUGUGUCGCACCAUUAUAGACGAGUAUCGCUAUGAUGUUGUGUGACUGGCAGGAAUUUUUAUUUUUGUCAUACCUGAGGCUAAUAAUGAUGUUGAUUUGGCAUGUUUGACUGUCGGUUCAAUAUUUUAUCAAAUACGUUGGGAGUUUGCGCACGAGAAAAUAUUUUUUUGUUGUCUUUCUAAUUCAUGCAAUUAUGUAUCAGAUCUAUCAUAAAUUAAAUUAAAAUAUCAUAAAUUAACAUUCGAUUGAGAUCCAUCCAGCUUCUUUCUGAUUAUUCUUCGAUUCCUGACGAUUUUCAAUUUCCUCAUU